GCGCGACCAGUGACCAUGGUGGCGGCGGCGGCGGCGGCGCAGGCCCUCUCGGGCGCGCGGCGGCUGCGGCUCUUUCUCUCCACGCUGAAGCCCGGGGUCCACGUUCCCCAGGCUGAGCCCGUGGCUGCGUUCAGCUCCUCUGUGACCUCCGCCAAAGUGGCUGUGAACGGCGUCCACCUGCACUACCUGCGGACUGGAGGUGGAGAGCACGCGGUCCUGCUGCUCCCAGGAAUGUUGGGAAGUGGAGAGACUGAUUUUGGACCUCAGAUUGAGAACCUGAAUAAGAAGCUCUUCACGGUGGUUGCCUGGGAUCCCCGAGGGUACGGACAUUCCAGACCCCCAGAUCGAGAUUUCCCAGUAGAAUUUUUUGAAAGGGAUGCAAAAGAUGCUGUUGAUUUGAUGAAGAUGCUGAAGUUUAAGAAGGUCUCUUUGCUGGGGUGGAGUGAUGGUGGGAUAACAGCCCUCAUUGCAGCUGCAAGAUACCCGUCCUACAUCAACAAGAUGGUGAUCUGGGGGGCCAACGCCUACGUGACCGACCAGGACGAGGAGAUUUAUCGGGGUAUCCGAGACGUGUCUAAAUGGAGUGAGAGAACAAGAAAGCCUCUGGAAGCCCUCUAUGGGUUCGACUACUUGGCCAGAACCUGUGAAAAGUGGGUGGAUGGCAUAAAGCAGUUUAAGCAUCUUCCAGAUGGUAACAUCUGUCGGCACCUGCUGCCCCUGGUUCAGUGCCCCACCCUAAUCGUGCACGGUGAGAAGGACCCUCUGGUCCCGAGCUUCCAUGCCGACUUCAUACACAAACACGUGAAGGGGUCACGCCUUAAAUAUGUACACAUCAGAGGAGAACCUGUUAUUCAGAAUCACAAAACAGCAGCGUCUGCCAAGCCAGCUGUGCUGGUGGCCCAUUCGAUUAAAUGGCAGAGACACAUUCCUUGUCUGUGUAGCCCCGUUUCUGCCAGCCAGCCUGGGGACGCCAGAGAACCUAAUAAGACAUGUCAGCAGAAAUUCUGUUCUUCAAUCCCAUUUGUUUUUAUAUGGAACAGAAAUUUAUAAUUUAAAUACUUUGGCUGACACGGGAGCCAGCUUCUGCUGGUGCUUAUAUCAAGAUGAAAAUUCCACGUUGAGCAAGCUCAGAAUUUCCUUGAUAUGCAGUGAUGCACAUCCUGAAGGAGAAAAUGGGAUGUGACCAGGAGCUGGUGGCCUGGCUUUGUUUUUUUUAAGCAAACCUACUGGAAAAUAAACACCCAAGUGAGCCUUGAUCCCUUCAGAGACUGUAUAUGAAUUCCAGAGCUGCUGUCAUUAGUCAGGACGUCUUUGGAAUUGUACAGAAUUCUUUGGAAAUUGGCGUUGUUAGUGACCUAAGAACACCCUCCCGCCCCCCCGCCCCCGCCCUGACUCUCCAUGAGCCGAUUCCGAUGCCCUGCAGGCCAGCCCUGCCUGGUAGGUCAGCAGUGGUCCCUGAGCUGAGAGUCCCCACGGUCCAGCAGGGAGAGUAGAAACAGCUCCUCUACCUCCUAAUCAUACUAGUUAUUCCGUGAUCGAUUUUAACAAAUGUCUCAGAGAAUUUUUAAAUGUGGGAGACACGCUUCUUAUUCUGCAGUAAAACAGCAUUCCUACAAUUCCUGUCUAAUUCCUGUGUCCAAAGAGCAUUUUAUAUUUAAAAGGCAUUUCACAUAUGAUUACAUACUUCACAACAACCUUAUGGGAAAAGAUUUUGUCCCAAUUUACAGAUGAGAAAAUCAAGGCUGAGACGUGUUAAGUAAUCUUCCAAGGUUGCAUGGCUAGUAAACGACAAAUCCUGGGGUUUUUUCCUCCUAAUACAGUGCGUUCCCCCACAGCACAGCUGCCUCUCAUAAACAUACUCUUAUUUUAAUAUGAUGGUAAGAUGCCUGUGUUAUAUGCUUGCUGACCUGGUUAAUUGUCUUCUAACUUCAGAAAUGACAGGUUUUUGCACAGUGAGUCUCAUGAUAAAUGCAGUGUGUCCCUUAGAGAGCCAGAUUCAGUAAAAGUCUGCAGGAAAGUUUAAUUAAGGAAUUCUGCUCCAGACCCAUCUCCUAGCAACAGGAUACAUCAAUAUGGGAGAAGAAUAUUCCCUUGCCAUUCAGAUGUUAAUGGUUUUAGUACACUCUCUUAUGGAAGGUCAUUUUCUUAGAGCAGGAUUCUUUGGAAAAAAUGAGUUGAGAGUAAAGUGUUACACUUGCUCCCUUCCUCUGCCAGAAGAGCCCUUUAUGUUGGGCGUGAACCUAAAACACGGUGGUUAAUUCUGGACCCACAAAAAGAGGGUCGAUUCCUUGAGCACCAAGGUCGCCCUCCGACUGUGCACAGGCCUCUCACCCCAGGGGGGCAACUCCGAGUGCAGGUGCUUCCGACGAACUUGGGGUUUCAUUUCCCUGCCAGGUACAUUUAUGAUUAAAGAAUUAAAGGCACAAGUGUGUCGCUCAAAGAUUGUACUACAAAUAGAUAAUCAGGUGUGAAACGAAUGCCUUUCUCUCCUGGAAGGGGGCCGAGCGCAGGGUGGGUGCUCAGCAGGCCCACUUCCUGCCUGUGACAAUUGUCUCUCUCUCUUCUUUUUGCUGGAGAAGAACCACAGCAUCUCCUGGAGACAGAGACCUCAGAGAUCACUCAAGUUCAGUGAUUUUAGAUUUUGUUUUUAGGCAGUUGAGCCCUUCCUCCUAACAAACUCUUCUGCAGUCCCAGAUACAAAGCAUAAGAUAGUGGUCGCUGUGAUUUUCCCCCGCUCGGCCAGCCCUCCCUCCUAGAUCGCACAGCACUGACACCGCCGCCUGCCUGUCUAGCCAGCCUCUGCUUGAGCGCCUCCAGUUGCCGAGCAUGCCUGGUCCUCGGGGCCACCCAGCUUGCUGUCACAGUUGGCGCCGAGCAGAGCCUGCGCCCUUCGGACCCUUCGGGGCUGGCGUGGACGGGCCCCUGGAAGCAGAAGGGCUGAUCUGGCUCAGGAGAGGGUGGGGCUUCACGGAGGGUGUGACCACCGCGCUGCAGUGGAGACACGGGGUGCUCGCCGUGCGUGGUCAUCAGCUCUGGCUGCUGUGACAAAGACCGCACGCUGGGCGGCUGAAACUACGGACAUUGAGGCCCUCACAGUCUAGAGGCUGGACGUCCAAGAUCAGGGUGGCAAGGGGUUGGUCUGUCCUGAGGCCUUUCUCCUUGGUGUGCAGGUGCCACGUUCUCCCUGUGUCCUCACACGGUCGUCGCUCUGUGUGGGCAUCUGUGUCCUGAUCUCUUCUCAUAAGGACACCCAUCAGAUUAGAUUAGGGCCCACCUGUGUGACCUCACUUUAACAUAAUACCUCUUUAAAGACCUGAUAUCCAAGCACAGUCACACUGAGGUACUGGGGUUAGGACUUCAACAUGCGAAUUGGGAGGCGCGGCUCAGCCCACAACAGUACGUUUCUGAGGAGGUUCUCAGAUCUCAGAAAUUGGGGGCCCAGCAGAGAUCAGGAUCUGGGUUCAGACCCGGCUACGCGUGACCAGCCCCUUGCCCCUUCCCUGCCUGGAGUCCCGCGCCCCUUGCCCCUUCCCUGCCUGGCCAGGGCCACCCAGCCUCCGGGCACAGCUUGGCUGUCUCUUUCUGCUCCUCCACUUACUCACCGUUCUGAGGCCACGCGGCCCCUUACUGGCACCUUACUAGCAGCAGCGAGCAGGCCAUCCUCUGUCCCGGACGCGGUCUAGUUCGGCCUCAAAGCACUUGGUACACGGUGAAAGGAAGAAUGCGAGCAUUGCACGGCCACAUCUGUGGGUGGCAGGGGUCCCUGAGUGGUGACUCAGGCCCGGAAAGUGUGUUGUGGAGUCCACCUGCAGGUUCUGGGGCCAGAGAACGGACCCGGAAGGAAGGACGAGGGCUGGAGUCCACGUGUGCAGAGAGGUGGGGCCUUGGGCUCUGUGUGGGCCAGAGGGGAGGGGUGGGAAACGGAGUCGCGCCUGGAGACCAGAGUCAGGGUUUGGGGGCCCUGAGCAGCAUUUGCAGCCGCGGUGGCUACAGCACAGCAGUGGCUCAGACGGACCCGGGGGGGGGCGGUGCUGGUGAUGAAUCGUGCCCGUAAGGAGGUGGACGUGUUUCUGUACCUCUGUUUCCUGUGUGUCACAUGGGGAUGGUGAUGCCUGUCAUCUCAGAUAACUUUCUGAGGAAUGAAUGGGGAUGUAUGUGCACGUUCAGACGAAUAAGAAUUCGGCACACGGUAGCUGCCUUCAUGGAUGGAAUGCUGGUGUGGGUGUAGGUGGUCUGGGGCCCAGGAGACAGCAGGGUAGAGCUCGAUGGGCAGUCAGGCACAUUGCCCUCAGUCAGCUGUACGUGUGCACACACACGUAUUUAUAUAUCGUAUACAUGUGUGGACAUGUAAUAUAUCUAUAGUGAGAGAGGAUUGAUUUACUAUGGGAGUAAGGCAUUGGCUUGUGCAGCUACAGAGGCUGAGAAGUCCAAGAUCUGCAGUCAGCAGCUGGAGGCCCAGGAGAGCUCAUGCUGUGGUUCAGUCUGACUCUGAAGACCAGAGAACCAGAAAGAGCUGAUGUUGCAGUGCGAGUCUGAAGGCAGGAAAAAGCCAGUGCCCCAGUUUGAAGACAGGCAGGAGGAGUUCCUCUUGCUCAGGAGAGGGCCAGCCGUUUGUGCUAUUCGGGCCGUCAACUGAUUGGAUGAGGCCCACCCACGUGGGGAGGGCAGUCUGCUGUGCUCAGUCUGCUGAUUCAGAUGGACUCUCAUCCUGAAACACCCUCACACACACACCCAGAAUCAUGUCUGACCAAAGGCACCUGUGGCUCAGCCAGGUUGACACGUAAACCCAGCCCUGGCGGAGGGCAGCUGGCAGGAGCUGUCCUCAGAGGUCUUGGCCUGGCGGUGGGAGCGCUAAGGGUGCCUGGGUUCCCCAGGUCGUGGGUCAGGUGCUGGCCUCUGUCUGAUCACAGGAGGAAGGAGGGGCCUCGCUCUGCAGCUUCCUGGCCUUGUCCAGUCUGGCCAGCGGUGGGAAGAUGGCCCCAGACCUCCAAGGUGAGCAGGGGGGUGGCGUGCCCCUGCGGGCGCGAAGUAAAACGGUCUUGUGCUGGCAGCAGGUUCGUUCCGGUUCCGUGGAGAGGGGGUCCGGCAGACACCGAAGGAAGGGGGACGCACCCCCCUCAGCUGCCCGGAUGACCCUUCCCACCCCCUCCUCAGCUGCUGUUUCUAGUUCCUCCUCUCUGACUGCAGGCAGCUCAAGAACCGCUUUAGGGCCAGGUUCCAGGAUUAACUCCAAACAGGACCAGCCUCAUCCUUACAAAGCCGGGUCCUGGUGUCUCACAGUGGGGGGAAGGGAGGGGCUCAUCCUUUCUAGACAAAUCUCACCCAUGACAUUUUCUAAAAUCGUUUUUUUAACACCUUUAUUGGAGUAUAAUUGCUUUACAAUGGUGUGUUAGUUUCUGCUGUAUAACAAAGUGAAUCAGCUAUACGUAUACAUAUAUCCCCAUA